UCUUUGUCUUUCAUCGAAGCCGGCUGCUUUCCUGCCCCUCGAUGAUGUCCUCGGGCUCUCCUCGAGCACGAAUUAAUCAGUUCUUCGCCUCCAAGAAAAAACAAUCUGAGAAAGGUCCAAAAACCUCGUUUUCCGGGUCUCCCAAGGGCACUCUAGUGCGAUAUUUGGUUAAAUCUCCGGAUGCAAACACUCACCCUGACCCUGAAAACGCUUCUUCCCGUCCCGGUUCGGUCAAGAGGAAUUUGACAUUGGAGAUUGGUCUGGGUUCUGACAUCGCGAAGAAAUGUUCUUUGCCCUCUUUGGAGUCUACAGGCGACUCAAGGAAGGAUGAGGGUCUUUGUAAUGAUAAAAAAAGAGCUCAUUUUGAAACUUUGAUUGCCCGUGAUGUUAUCAGUGCAGAUGCUCCUUCUAAAGAGGAAGGGGGUUCCGAAUCAGGUGGAGGUAAUUUGGAGCUCAAAAAGUUUGCAAAUGAUUUCCUCUCUUUGUAUUGCAGUGAUCUUCAAUCAGCCUUACCGGAGACAAGUGAGGCUAGAGGAAAAAAAAGAGAUGGCAGUUCCUUUUUUUUAUCCACCUGCAGUAAAAAGCAGUGCAUCACAGAUACAUUUGAUGGAAGACCAGAUACAAGUAAUAAUGCUUCUGAGGAGUCAGGAUGUAAUGAUCUCAAAGAAAUUAACAUGGCUGAUACUUCUCAUGUUAGCUCAAUAAGAUGCAGUAAAACACCUGAUUUAACGUUAAUAAAGAGUGGGCUUACUGCGCUUGCUUCAUCCGUUGGAACCCCUAAAUCAGCCUCAAGAAGUUCCCGGUUAUCGCCAGGGGAAGAAUUUUGGAAUGAGGCAAUUCAAGUUGCUGAUGGCUUAAUUGUUCCAGUUGAAAGGCUACUUGCAAAUUCACUAGUUUCAACGAGUGAUGGUUCUCUCAAAACUUUUGUGAAAGACGCCUUGUCUUGUGUUGCUCAUCAGAAUUCUGAAUAUAUCUCUAAGCUAGAGAUUGUCAAGGAAGAAGCUCAAAAUGGUGUAGGAAUUUCUUUUAUGAAGCCUAAUGAGUUGAUAACUGAAGAAAUUAAAAUGCCACCUGCUGUCAUUCAAAAGAAUGAAGUGUCACCUCUGCCAAUAAGGCAUUUUGAUUUUAUUCACGAGGAGAAUGAUACCAACAAGAAUUUUGAUAAGGGCUUUCUGGACAGAGCUAAUUCUGUUAGCAAUGCUGGAGCUGGGCUCAUAGUUGGUGAUUUCAUAAAUGAUAAAAAAUUGCAUGAUAAGAGUUGUGAAAGUGAAGCAUACAGAAAGGCUUUUGAUACAAAUCAGAACCCAAGUAAUGCGCAUUUGUUGGAUGGAAAGUUGCAUAAACCAGUUCCUGAUGCUUCCAAUUCUGUUGGAAUCACGGGGAAAAGUGUCUCUUUGGGUCAGGUCAAUGGAGCUAAUCCAUCAUGCAAUGACUUGUCUUCUAUUCGUUCAAUUUCUGCUUUACAGGAAAGAAUAGAUGCCGAAAUGUUGGAAACCAGGUCAAAUGCUCAAGCAUACCAUGAAGAAAAUAACACACCAGCUAGUUCUGUCCCUUUGAGGGAUUAUUUGCAGCUUAGCAGUUGGCUCCCUUCUGAACUUGUUGGUGUAUAUUCAAAGAAAGGCAUUACAAAACUUUAUCCUUGGCAGGUUGAUUGCCUUCGUGUUGAUGGUGUUCUGGAGAGAAGAAAUCUUGUGUAUUGUGCAUCUACAAGUGCCGGUAAAAGUUUUGUGGCUGAAAUUUUGAUGCUGAGGAGAGUUAUAGCAACGGGAAAAAUGGCUCUUCUUGUUCUUCCCUAUGUAUCAAUUUGUGCAGAAAAGGCUGAACAUUUGGAACUACUACUUCAGCCUCUUGGCAAGCAUGUGCGUAGCUUCUAUGGAAACCAAGGUGGUGGCUCACUUCCCAAAGAUACAUCAGUAGCCGUUUGUACAAUCGAGAAAGCCAAUUCCUUGAUUAAUAGGUUGUUAGAAGAGGGUCGUCUUUCUGAAGUUGGAAUUAUUGUGAUUGAUGAACUUCAUAUGGUCGGCGAUCAACAUAGAGGGUAUCUUUUGGAGCUAAUGCUGACUAAGCUGCGUUAUGCUGCUGGGGAAGGGAUCUCAGAAUCAUGUAGUGAAGAGGGUUCAACGACCAGUAGUGGAAAAACAGAUGUUGCAUGUGGUCUGCAGAUUGUUGGAAUGAGUGCAACCAUGCCUAAUCUUGCAGCUGUAGCUGAUUGGCUUCAAGCAGCACUGUAUCAGACUAAUUUUAGACCAGUCCCACUAGAGGAAUUCAUUAAAGUCGGAAACACCAUUUUUAACAAAAAGAUGGAUGCUGUUCGUGUUUUACCAAAAACUGCAGACCUUGGUGGAAAAGACCCAGAUCAUAUUGUGGAACUUUGCAAUGAGGUUGUUCAAGAGGGGCAGUCGGUGCUAUUAUUUUGCUCCAGCAGAAAAGGUUGCGAAAUAACUGCGAGGCAUAUUUCUAUGUUUUUAAAAGGGUAUUCGAUUUCCAUGCGUGUUGUUGACUGUGAAUACAAAGAUUAUUCCUCUGCUGUUGAAGCCUUGCGAAGAUGUCCUUCUGGGUUGGACCCCAUAUUAGAAGAAACUUUGCCUUCUGGUGUAGCGUAUCAUCAUGCUGGCCUUACUGUUGAGGAAAGGGAGAUAAUUGAAAUGUGUUAUCGCAAAGGAAUUGUGCGUGUUUUAACUGCUACAUCAACAUUAGCUGCUGGAGUUAAUUUGCCUGCUAGGAGGGUCAUAUUCAGGCAGCCAAGGAUUGGCCGUGAUUUCAUUGAUGGAACUCGAUAUAGACAAAUGGCUGGUCGUGCUGGUCGAACUGGAAUAGAUACUAAAGGAGAAAGUAUACUUAUAUGCAAACAUGAUGAAACAAAAAAGGUUUCUGCCAUUCUGAAUGAUAGUUGUCCCCCUUUGCAAUCUUGCCUUUCUGAAGAGAAAAAUGGUAUGACUCACGCAAUCAUGGAGGUAGUUUCGGGGGGCAUUGUCCAAUCAGCAAGUGACAUUCAUCGUUAUGUCAGAUGUACUCUUCUCAAUUCGACCAGACCUUUUGAAGAUGUUGUGGCAUCAGCUCAAGAUUCCCUUCGAUGGUUAUGCCGCAAGAAAUUUCUUGAAUGGAACGAAGAAACUGGGUUGUACAGUUCGACACCUCUUGGUCGUGCUUCAUUUGGCAGUUCUCUUAGUCCUGAAGAAUCACUGGUUGUACUGAAUGAUCUUUCAAGAGCAAGGGAAGGAUUUGUCCUUGCAUCUGAUUUACACUUGGUUUAUUUGGUGACACCCAUAAAUGUUGAGGUGGAACCUGAUUGGGAGCUUUACUACCAGCGAUUCAUGGAAUUGUCUCCCCUGGAUCAGUCUGUUGGCAACCGAGUGGGAGUGGUGGAGCCUUUCUUGAUGCGCAUGGCCCAUGGUGCCCCAAUGCCUGUUCAAGAUCGAUCAAAAGGGAAAAAAAGGAGCCCAAAGGGCAACUUGAAUGCACGGAGUGCUACCAACGUCAGUGAUCUACUUUCAAAUGAACAGUCCCUUCGAAUUGCUAGGCGUUUCUUUGUCGCGCUUAUGCUAUCAAGGCUUGUACAGGAAGUCCCUGUUUCUGAUGUUUGUGAAGCCUUCAAAGUGGCUAGGGGAAUGAUUCAGGCCUUACAAGAAAAUGCUGGAAGAUUCGCUUCAAUGGUAUCCUUGUUUUGUGAGAGAUUAGGAUGGCAUGAUUUGGAAGGUCUUGUUGCUAAAUUCCAAAAUCGGGUCUCAUUUGGGGUCAGAGCAGAAAUUGUGGAGCUCACUACCAUUCCAUACGUUAAGGGGUCACGAGCGAGGGCACUUUAUAAAGCUGGUUUGCGCACCCCUCUUUCGAUUGCAGAAGCAUCUAUUUCUGACAUUGCUAAUGCUCUAUUUGAAUCUUCUUCCUGGUCUGGACAAGAAGGUUUAGCUAAGAAACGCAUACGUAUGGGAGUUGCCAAAAAGAUAAAAAAUGCUUCUCGGAAAAUUCUCCUUGACAAAGCAGAAGAAGCAAGUGUUGCUGCCUUCUCUGCUUUCAAGUCCCUUGGAAUUAAUAUUCCUCAAAUUUCUCGUCCUAUGCUGUCUAAGAUUGCUGAGAGUUUUGAACAUGGUAGUACCACUUCUAAAUCCGCUGAAUCGCUUUUUGACAGAUCAACUUCACAGGAUAGAAAGGCUACCAGGUAUCCUGCAGAAGAUAACAAAAUCAUGGUGUUAGAUAACAGUUCUGAAGAAAUUGUAGUACAAAAGCUUAGCAAAAAAAAAGAUGGUACUAUGUUGACAACUGGGGAAAUGCGGCACAAUCACAAUAUGGAUAAGGCUUUGGUAAAGUUCAAUUCUGAUCAGUUACUUGACAAUCUUGUCAAACCAAUGGGUGCAUCUUCCCCCACGUUGGGACCUGCCAAUGAAGUGCAUAUCGUGAAGCAUGAUUCUGAUAAUAAAGAAAAAGAUAUGGAACAAACUUUAACCAUCCACAGCAACGCAAGACGCUUUGACAAAGGUCCCUCUUGUGCAAGUACAUUUCCUGGUGGUUUUGAUUCCUUCUUGGAACAGUGGGAUCUGAAGAGGGAGUUCUAUUUUGAUCUUCAUUACUCCAAGUUGCCAGAUCAAAAUUCCUCUCUACGGUUUGAAGUUUUUGGUUUGGCUAUUUGUUGGGAAAACUCACCAAUAUACUAUGUCAAUUUUUUGAGGGAUUUUUUACCAUGUAAAAUGGAAAGCAGUUAUCAUGAUGAAUUAACCAAUCGAGAAGGUGGUAUUAUCAAAAAUCUUGCGUCUUUUGACAUCUGGUCUUUUGCCAAAAGUAGAUGGGAAAAGUUAGGCAAGAUAGUAAGUAAAAAUGGUUCUCGUAAAUUAUGUUGGAACUUGAAAACGCAGAUCCAGGUUUUAAAAUUCCCAUGUAUCUCGCUUCAGAGAUUCAACAGGCUUGGACUUGAGCUAAAAAUGUUGAAUGACACUGAGCUUAUUGGUAGUUCAUAUAUUUUGCUGCCAACCAUCUCCGUGCAUGAUGGGAUUGAUUUAUGUUUAAUGACGUGGAGCCUUUGGCCUGAUGAUGAGAGCAAGUCCGCUCCCAGCCUUGAAAAGUUGGCCAAGAAACGGCUAUCUAGUCAGGCUGCAGCAGCUGCUAACCAGGAUGGUAAGUGGAGAAAUCAAAUGCGUAAAGCUGCUCAUGAUGGCUGUUGUAGGCGUGUUGCACAAAUUCGAGCUUUGAGUUCUGUCGUGUGGAAGCUAGUUGUUUCUGAAAACCUUGUUAAUGUGCUCUCCAGAAUUGAGAACCCCAUGGUUAAAGUGCUCGCAGACAUGGAACUUUGGGGUGUUGGUGUUGACAUGGAAGCAUGCCUCAGAGCAAGGCAUGUUUUAAUGAGAAAGCUUAAGGAACUUGAGAAGGAUGCGCAUAAUCUGGCUGGCAUGCCUUUUUCUCUUUAUUCAACUGCAGAUAUUGCGCAUGUACUUUAUACCCGUUUGAAAUUACCAAUACCGAAUAACAGCAAGAAAGGAAAACUUCAUCCUAGCACAAACAAACACUCCCUGGACCUAUUGAGGGGACAACAUCCCAUCAUUUCAGUUAUUAAAGAGCACAGGACCCUUGCAAAGCUAUUAAACUGUACAUUAGGGUCAAUUUGUUCUAGGGCUCGCUUGUGUGGUAAUUCCCAGAAGUAUAUACUGCAGGGACGUUGGCUUCAGACUUCAACAGCUACAGGGAGGCUUUCAAUGGAGGAACCAAAUCUUCAAUGUGUCGAACAUAUGGUGAUCUUCACAACCCAUGAUCCUGAUGCGAAGAACUUGUGCUCAUCAGAUAUUGAUCAUCAUCAAAUAAAUCCUCGUGAUUUUGUCAUUCCUACUCAAGAGAAUUGGUUAUUGCUCACUGCUGAUUACUCCCAAAUAGAGCUACGACUCAUGGCUCAUUUCUCCAAAGAUUCUUCACUUGUUGAAUUGCUAAGAAAACCUGAUGGUGAUUGUUUUACCAUGAUAGCAGCAAGAUGGACAGGUAAGAUGGAAUCUUCUAUUAGCUCCUUGGAGAGAGAGCAUACCAAAAGAUUAGUGUAUGGUAUCCUGUAUGGAAUGGGUCCUAACUCUCUCGCAGAGCAAUUAGAGUGUAGCCCUAGGGAAGCUGAUGAAAAAAUUCAUAACUUCAAAGCAUCGUUCCCUGGUGUUUCUGCCUGGUUGAAUGCAGCUGUUGCGUCUUGCUGCGAUAAAGGAUAUGUAGAAACCUUAAUGGGAAGAAAGCGCUUUCUGUCAAAAAUAAAUUUUGGAAAUAACAAAGAGAAGACGAAAGCUCAGAGACAGGCUGUUAAUUCCAUAUGCCAGGGCUCAGCUGCUGAUGUGAUCAAAGUUGCAAUGAUAAAAAUCCACACAACUAUUGUUGAAGGUAUUUACUUGCCUGAUGCAGACAGUAGAUUUGAGGUGCAGUUCUCCGUUCUGAGAGGUCAAUGCAGAAUUAUUUUGCAGGUGCAUGAUGAACUUGUGUUGGAAGUAGAUCCCCGUUUUGUAAGGGAGGCCGCAAUACUACUUCAAACUAGCAUGGAGGGCGCUGCUUCACUUUCAGUUCCUCUGCGCGUCAAAAUGAAGAUUGGAAGAACAUGGGGUACGCAGGAGCCUUUCUUGUUGGAUUCUUAAUUCUAUUAAUGAACCGAAAACAAGCUAUCUGAGGAUUUGUGUAAUUGGCGGAUGCUGGUUGCAAGUAUUCUUAUUAUCGACUGGAAAGCUUUGUGCUCGCAGGCAAGGUUUCCAAGUUCUUUUCAAGUUCAUUGUGGCCAACCAAUGAAAAUAUUGGGGUUUAGCUCUUUAUAAAAUCAUUUCUAACAGCCAUGGAUGCUUAAAAAAUGGCCUGUCUGCUACACAGAAUGGUUAAGAAGUAGCGCUAUGAAAAUUUUUUCCUCUUCUUAUUUUUCCCUAUCGGAAGAUGCUAUUAUCGAAAAGACAACAAGAUAAAUGGUUUUCAGUUAUUCUUCCAAAAUUAUAUUUGAGAAGUUUGGCGUGCAAAGUUCAGAGGAUGAAAAAUUUUGCAGCAAUAUUCAUCUGAGAAGUGAAAAUUAUCAAAACACGGCCCUUUCAGAUCUGAGUUUAGUUUUUAGGUCCAAACAGCUGUUUUAGCAUUAGAAACACAAAAGGACUUGAUUUGACUCUAAUUCAUUUCAUUGAGAAACCAUGCGAAUGUAUGUCAGAUUCAAUUUUCAACAUACUCUGAAUAAUCUUGCUCUGGAGGGAGGACCACAUGCAUCUCAACAUUUAAUGGAGGCAAAAAUUCAAAAAUGUGUGGCAUAUUGAACUCAAAAUUGACCAUAAUGGCUGAAAGUUGGUAGCCAACAAGGAAUGGUUGCUGGCACUUAUUAGGACCUGAACUAGAAUUCGUGUUUGCAGCUUUCUAAGAGUGCGUUCUGUACAUUUAUAAUAAAUGCAGAUUAACAAGUCUGCUUUUCUAGCCUAAUUUGCUGGCCCAUAGGCUUAAAUUUUGCUAAUUGAUUUCUCUUAAUGAUGGUAGUCAUUGUAAGUUGAUGCAACUUUUGGUUAAUUUGUAAACUGUAUCAUUCAUUCAAUUUACAAUUUUUUGGCCAUUUUUGUGGCCAAGUUAAGAACGCAUGUUUUGGUAUAUUUGAACAGGUUUGCAAUAAAGUUUGUUGGAAAAUUAUAUUAA